AUGAGGCAUAAGAAUCCUGCAGAUCAGUGUUAUAAGACUAAGAUGAGGUGUGGGAAGCUUCAGACAGAGCUUGACUGGAGAAGGGCUGAAGGCCAGGCUGAGUGGAGAGCAGCCCAACAAUAUGCAGUGGAUGUAACCCUUGAUCCGGCCUCAGCGCACUGGAGCCUGGAGGUCUCCGAGGAUAGCAAGAGCGUGUCUUCCUGUGCAACAGUGUCCGGGCCUGUGGGGGGGGACCCGCAGCGGUUCUCUGAGCAGACGUGUGUGCUGAGCUGUGAGCGCUUCUCGGCUGGCCGUCACUACUGGGAAGUGCAUGUGGGACGGCGCAGCCGCUGGUUCCUGGGUGUGUGUCUGGCUACAGUGCCUCGCUUGGGGCCUAUGCGCCUAAGCCCAGCCAACGGCUACUGGGUGAUGGGGCUGUGGAACCACUGUGAGUACUUCGUCCUGGACCCACACCGCAUCGCCCUCACUCUGCGCGUACCGCCCCGGCGUGUGGGCAUCUUCCUGGACUGGGAGGCAGGAAAACUGUCCUUCUUCAACGUGUCUGAUGGCUCCCACAUUUUCACCUUCACUGACACCUUCUCAGGGACGCUUUGUGCGUAUUUCAGGCCCAGAGCUCAUGACGGUGGCGAACACCCGGAUCCCCUCACCAUCUGCCCAUUACUUAUUAGAGGGACACGACAUCUGGAAGAUGACCAUGACACCUGGUUACAGCCCUAUGAACCCUCAGAUCCCACCCUGGGCCUGUGGUGAGCACUCUCUUGCCUGUGAAUCUGGGUCUUUGGUGGCUUCCUGGAUACCUGGCUGAGAUUUGCUCUUCUGCUUCUACAGUGGAGGAAGCAAAGGCUGACAUCACAAAAAUGUCAGCAAAGGCUAAAGACUCAACACAGCAGAAACAGAACAAAAAGGGGAACCUUUGUUUAUACAUGUGUAUACACAUAUAUACAUACAUAUACACAUAUACAAUAUAUACACACACAUAUAUGCAUAUGUGUAUAUUUUUUUUUUCUUUAAGAAAAAGCGGCAAUUCCAAUGCUUGUGUGUAUGGUAAGACUAAGCAAAUGAGUAACAAUAAAAUCAUGUUGUCAGUA